GCAACGUUUUCAGAGCAGUGGCAUUAGAACGCACUUAAAUUUUUUGUUGACUAUCGGCAUUUAUUUGAUGAAAGUUAUUUGUUGACAAAAAAAAAUCCUACUAGAGCUACAUAAUCUACCAUUUGUUUAAAUUAUACAUGGGCUCUUGAAUGUUUUAGUUUAAAUAGGCUGGCUACUUUUAAUUGGGGAAAAUCUCCCAACUUGCCCGGCAAGGUGUAAAAUUGAUGUGUGUUGUUCUCUCAUUGCUAUAAGAAUUCAUGAUAAAAUAAAGGACGUAUGAAGUCAUUUUCAGAAGUAAGAUGAAGAAAUUUAAUUUUUUAAGAAAACUUCAAUCUGGAAACAUCCUAAAUAGUAGUAUCAAAAUGCCAUGAUUGAAAUCUAAAUGCGUACAAACCACAUUCAAUAGUUACUGAAUUGCUUCUGGAAUUUAAGGAUCUACAUCAGUGCUUUGCAAAUCACUGUCAAUUGCAUGGCAGAGUAUCCUUCCUGUUGUACCAGUUAUUAGGACUUCUCAUUCCAUUAAUUUAUGAGUUAUGAUUUUUAUUUUAUUCAGUGAGAAGAACCUGGAAACCAAUGAAUAUGAAAUGUCUUAAGUACUAUACAUUGCUUGUACCAGAAAAUACAAUUAUAAACUUUUUGAAACAUAAAAGUAAUGCUCCAAUGUGUCAGUACCACAAACGGAUAAUGCUUUUGAAUUAUGGCAAACAGUUUCAUACUGCAAGCAGCUUAUGUACAGUGCUUCAGUCUGCAUUCAGUCACAUGUACAGCACAGACAGCAGAAAAAGUUAUACAAACCAGGAGAAUAUUAGCAGAAAAGAUUUCCUGGAAGGAAUGUUUCAAGACAGAAAACAGAAACUUGCAGAAAGUCGGCAGAUGAUUUUAAAAGACAUCAAAGAAAAAAAAGAUAAAAUGAAAGAAAAAAUGGAGGAAGUUAUUGAGAAGGAAAAUGUUCUCACAAUACCAAAUUUACUCUGCCUAUUCCGCAUUGCAGCUGCACCAUAUUUGGGAUAUCUUGUUCUACAAUCAGAAUUUCAUCUUGCUGUAGCUAUUUUUGCAUUCGCUGGAGUUACUGACCUGGUUGAUGGCUGGAUAGCUCGGACAUACCCAAGUCAGUCAUCAAAAUUUGGGAGUUUUCUUGAUCCCUUGGCAGACAAAGUCCUAAUAGCAUGUUUGUUUCUAACACUUACAUAUGCUGGAUACAUUCCAAUUGCCUUGACUGGCAUGAUUAUUGCAAGAGAUAUACUUCUGGUUGCUGCUGGUUUCUACAUCCGAUACCAGUCUCUGCCUCCACCUAAGACACUCAGCCGGUAUUUUGAUGCUACACAUGUAACAGCUCAACUAGCACCUACAUAUGUCAGCAAGAUCAACACAGCCAUUCAGCUGUUACUCGCAUGUUCAACCCUGGCUGCUCCUGUCUUCGACUAUGUGGAUCAUCCCUUUUUGCAUGGCUUAUGGUACCUAACUGCAGGCACAACAGCUGCUUCUGCAAUCAGUUACAUUAUUUCUCAAGAUACAUACAAAUAUUUUAGAAUAAAAAAAUGAAAUUAAACUCUUAUAAAUACUGAAGAUGUUCAGUUUAUCAUUAAUGCUAACGUUGAGCUACAAGAGAAGACUGGUAAUUGUAUGUCUAAAUAUUUCAGAGGAUUUAUAAUGAAUCUUUGCUCUUGAGUAAGGGCUAUGUUUUUGUGUAAUAAAUCAAUAUCAAGUUACAAGCAAAUUCCUCUAUGUAUUCUGAAGAACUUAAACUGUGGAGAGAGCACAUAUUAUUGUGAGUUUUGUUGAUAUUUGUGCUAAGGAAUACUUGCUCAUAUCUAACUGAAGCACUGUGAUAUGAAUUUUUAAAGGUAGUUUGUGAAUCAUUCAGAUUUGUGGAAUAUGGCACUGUAGAUAUGAAGACAAUUUUUUUUUGUUCUACUUAUUUUUAAGACAGAUCUUUUGUACAUGAAACCAUCAUUAAAACAUAAAACAAUGUGUCAAAACUA